UGAUGUCGAAUUCAGAGGCGGGAUGCGGUUUAUACGGGGCUACUAAUAUAUUAUUGGGGCUGUCAUUCAGAUUCGGGUUACAUGGCUUGCAGCAAUCUUGAAGAUCCCUUACUAUGGCAAUAGCCAGUUUACGGCGACUCUCCGCCCAAAUCUGUCGAAACUCCUCGCUCUCCCUCCCCGCCAAAACCCUCCUCAUCCGAUCUUCCGCCACUUCUGCUUCUGCAAAAGUUUCUGACCGAAUUGUGAAACUCUUCGCAAUCGAUAUCGACGGCAAAAAGCGCCAGAUCGUCGGCCUCUCGGGUCAGACCUUGCUCAGGACACUGGCGAACAAUGGGCUGAUCGACCCUGCAUCGCACAGACUGGAGGAGAUCGACGCCUGCUCGGCAGAAUGCGAGGUGAACAUUGCGCAGGAAUGGUUCGACAAGCUUCCUCCACGGUCCUAUGAUGAAGAGUACGUCUUGAAGAGGAAUUCAAGGUCCAGGGUUUUGAAUAUACACUCGAGGCUUGGGUGCCAGGUGGUUUUGAAGCCGGAACUUGAAGGUAUGGUGGUUGCGGUUCCGGAGCCCAAACCGUGGGACAUCCCAUAAAGUGAUCGCUUAUCAGAAAUGAAUUCUGAAGAAGAACUAGGUUUCCGGUUUUUCUUUUCUUUGCUUGGUCUUUGUUUUUUGUUUUUGGUUGAAUAAAUUAUGUACACGCUAAAAUGUGAUUUAACGUUACCAUGAUGUGGAUUAAUGGACUCUGUGGAAAUACAAUUGAUUGAAUUGGAAUUCUGGAUAUUUGGGUGGAUCGUAUAAUUGGGAAGAAAGAGUAACUCCAUAUUUUUUCGUUUA